AUGGGAGGGAGCACGUUAGGACCCUCUGUUCCUGAGGGAGAGGGGCAGAACGUCCUCCCCGGUUUUCCAACCCCAGUGGGUGCGGUGGGAGAGUCCGUGGCGAGGCUGCGCCUGCACCUGCAUCCGGGCCGGCUCCUCCCCCUAACUCCAAGCACAUUCCUCUCGCAGCGCUGCAAGGACCGCCUGAACUCGCUGGCCAUCUCCGUGAUGAACCAGUGGCCCGGCGUGAAGCUGCGGGUGACCGAGGGCUGGGACGAGGACGGCCACCACUCGGAGGAGUCCCUGCACUAUGAGGGCCGCGCGGUGGACAUCACCACGUCGGACCGCGACCGCAAUAAGUACGGACUGCUGGCGCGCUUGGCAGUGGAGGCCGGCUUUGACUGGGUGUAUUACGAGUCGAAGGCGCAUGUGCACUGCUCCGUCAAGUCCGAGCACUCAGCCGCAGCCAAGACAGGCGGCUGCUUCCCGGCUGGAGCCCAGGUGCGCCUGGAGAGUGGGGCGCGGGUGGCCUUGUCAGCUGUGAGGCCGGGAGACCGAGUGCUGGCCAUGGGGGAGGACGGGAACCCCACCUUCAGUGACGUGCUCAUUUUCUUGGACCGCGAACCAGACAGGCUGAGGGCCUUCCAGGUCAUCGAGACCCAGGACCCCCCACGCCGCCUGGCGCUCACGCCUGCCCACCUGCUCUUCACGGCCGACAAUCACACGGAACCGGCGUCCCACUUCCGGGCCACGUUCGCCAGCCACGUACAGCCUGGCCAGUAUGUCCUGGUGGCUGGGGUGCCAGGCCUGCAGCCUGCCCGGGUGGCAGCUGUCUCCACACACGUGGCCCCCGGGGCCUAUGCCCCACUCACAAGGCAUGGGACCCUGGUGGUGGAGGAUGUGGUAGCUUCCUGCUUCGCGGCUGUGGCUGACCACCGCUUGGCUCAGUUGGCCUUCUGGCCCCUGCGACUGUUUCACAGCCUGGCAUGGGGCAGCUGGACCCCUGAAGAGGGUGUACACUGGUACCCCCAGCUGCUCUACCGCCUCGGGCAUCUCUUGCUAGGAGAGGGCAGCUUCCACCCACUGGGAAUGUCCGGGGCAGGGAGCUGA